GACGUUUUAAUUAUUUUUUAACAUGAAUUCUACAGAAAUUCUAUUCGCCAGAAAAACCUUGAAAUCGUCGCAAACUUGGUCCGACAAAACUAAGACUGAUAUCCGGGAAAGGAAGAGAAACAUAUUAUAUUUAAUUCAUUGUUAUUUAGUGGAACAUAAACUGUGUGAUACUGCGGAAAAUUUAAUGAAAGAAGCUCAACUUUCUACAGAAUAUCAAGUGUGUGAAAAUGUAGAUUUGGAAAUAAUAUUACAAGAAUAUCAGAGUUAUUAUUUUACCAAGUUUCAGAAAUAUCCGAAAAUUGUGAAAAAAUUGGAAGAGUCGGUUGGAAGUGCAAAAGGUAAACCAAAAUCUAGUGCAAGAAUGAAGCAAACGCCACAAGCCGAAGAGAUUAAUAAAUCAGAGGUCUGUAAUUUUCCAAUCGUAAUAAAACCUUUAUUUGAACAAGUUAACGAUGAUGUCCAUUGUGAAGACAAAGAAACCUCAGACAUUUCCGAUUUUGAUACUAUUCCUGCCGAUAUGAAGAAUUUGGCCGACCAAAUAAAAAAAGAAUUCAUUUCAACCAACAUCGAAACUUCUUGGGACGACUGUAUAGGUCUUUCCAGCGUUGUGGAAAAACUAAAAGAAGCUAGCGUUUAUCCCUUGUUAUAUAAAGAUUUGUUUAAAAACGUUACAACAUGGAAAGGUGUUCUAUUGUUUGGCCCUCCCGGUAAUGGAAAAACGUUACUGGCAAAAGCGGUGGCUUCUGAAGGUACCACGUUUAUUAAUGUUACUAGUAGUACCUUCAUUAGCAAAUGGAGGGGAGAAUCGGAAAAGAUGUUGAAACUGCUGUUUCAGUUGGCUAGGAAAUUUGCCCCUACCACUAUUUUUGUAGACGAAGUUGAUGCGUUGGUUCAGCAGGAAUCUCACCACGAAGCUUCUAAAAGAUUCAAAAGCGAACUACUAACGCAAAUAGAUGGUGUUCAGAACUGUCCCUCAAAUGUUUUUGUACUUGGUAGCACUAAUUCUCCGUGGAAUCUAGAUCCUGCAUUAUUAAGACGCUUUGAAAAACGAAUAUUGGUACCACUGCCAGAUGAAACUUCAAGACAGAAACUUUUAAGAAAGUACUUAGGUCAUAAUGAUAUUCAAACGAAUGAGUUAGAGCAAUUGGCUAAGCUUACUGAAAAUUUUUCAGCUUGUGACAUUAAGUGUUUAUGUAAAGAAGUAACAAUGAGUGUUAUACGUGAAAAAAUAGAUGAAAUAAAUAAAAAGGGAAGUAAUAAAGUUCAAAUGGAUACAAGAACUAUUACCUUUAAAGAUGUUAUCGAUGCUUUAGAAAGGGUUUCCUCCAGUGCAAUGGGGAGUAAUAUUAAUAAAUAUUACGAGUGGAAUAAAAAAUACGGAUCUUGGUAAAUUUACUUAAAUAAAAAGUGUGAUUUUAUAUUUUUGUGUAAAAUAAAAGUGUUGGCAUUCAUUUCUUACUU